UUCUUUACCACCAUUUUCAACUAGUGAUGAAGGUACAUCCAAAGCCAGCACCCCUAUUGCAUCACGAGAUUCGUCGCCAGUAAGAUCAUUUAAAGAUAAAGAAGAUAAUUUAAACCCAUCUAUUAAUAUUGCCGACCAACAGGUUGAUACAAAAACAACAGAUAAAGACCAUAAACCUGUGGAAAAGGAAGCCAACUUACCUUCUGAAGUUGGAAGUACUAUUUCCAAUACGUCAGCUUCCAUGUCUAAAGACCAUAAUAAUAGCCACCAUCAUUCACAUCAUUUUCAUGGUUAUCAACCUCCUCAUACUUUUGCUACAUAUCAUCCACUUUUAAUCGAAGCUUGGUAUGCUAUAGCCCUUAACUAUGUACUUAUUGGUGACCUUCACACCGGUGCUUUAUGGCAUGCUCGUAUCUCAGAAAUGCACGAAUGCAUUGAAGGUUAUCCAGUCUUUCUUCCAGCGCGAUCAAUGGCGCAAGCAGAUUACAUGGAGGUUUUGGAACGUGUUAAAAAAGCAAAUAGUCUGGCACAACAUGAAAAAUUGAAAGA